AUGUCUAACAAGGUUUCUAACGUGAGUGCAGGUGUUGAGAGUGGUCGCCGUAAGGACGACAAGAGGGACGACCGCAAGCCCCCUCGAAAUGGCCCUUCGGGGGUCAAAAAGGACCAGAAACGUUGCUACAUCUGUAACAAGACGGGCCAUUUGCAGAAAGACUGUCCUUACCAAAUAGCUUUCCGCGAGAUCGUCGACAGGUUGAUGCAGGAUCUUCCGCAACCAGCUUCGGCUGGUCAGCCCCUCCGCGCCGGCCCCGGACCGAGUCGUCGUCGUCGUACCGCCGCUCGUGCCGCCUCUCGUGUCCAAGAUAACGGACAGCAGCAGCAGCAGAACGAGCGUGAAUUACCAGAACGAGUGGAUGAGGAUGAGAAAUCUAAAAUUCCCGACUAA